AUGCUCGGUCAUACUAUAUCCUCCUUGCUUUGCCUGGUCACUGCUGCCGCAGGCCACGGCGCCGUUACUAGCUACACCAUCGACGGAAAGAAUUAUCCAGGCUACGAAGGGUUUGCACCCGCAACUUCGCCACCAACUAUUCAAUGGCAGUGGCCUGACUAUAAUCCAACGAUGACUGUCAACGAUAUCAAGAUGCGCUGUAACGGUGGCAGGUCGGCGCCCCUUUCCGCCAACAUCAAAGCGGGCUCCAACAUCACGGCCAACUGGAAACAGUGGACUCAUGCUCAGGGCCCCGUGAUGGUAUGGCUCUAUGACUGUGGUGGCGAAUUUAAGAGCUGCGGCGGGGAUAAACAACGGUGGUUCAAAAUUGACCAGAUGGGCCUCUGGGGGAAUAACCUCAACAGUGAAAAUUGGGGUACCGCGAUAGUACUAAAGCAGCUCAAGUGGUCCAGCAAGAUUCCCAAGAACCUUAAACCUGGUAACUAUCUUGUGCGCCACGAACUACUCGCCCUCCACCAGACCAAUACGCCUCAAUUCUAUGCCGAAUGCGCCCAGCUCGUCAUUGAGGGCUCCGGUACCGCGCAGCCACCAGCUUCCUAUCUGAAGAGCAUUCCCGGCUACGCUCCGCAGAACGACCCCGGCAUUACCGUUGACAUCUAUCAGGGAGGUCGAACCUCUUACACGCCACCUGGGGGCGAGGUGUGGCCGGGCUUUGAAUAA